AUGGCUAGGGAAGUCAACUAUGGGACGAUUCCGCAAGAUGCGGAGUCUCCUGCGAUAGCGGCGAAGCCAGACGAGGAAGAGGAAGGAGAAGAGGAAAGAUUCUUCGAUCAGAAAGAAGCAAGCCAGGUGCUAGGCAAGAUCAUCAGUACGAACAUCGCGGUCUUGUGCGCUGGAAUGAACGAUGCCGCCACCGGCGUCCUAAUCCCCUACAUGCAACCAACCUACAAUAUCGACCUCCUAACCGUCUCCUUCGUCUACCUGGUGAACUUCACCGGCUGGGUAACCGCCUGCUUCGCGAACAUCCACGUCUGCGCGCGCAUCGGCACCGGCGGGACGCUCGUCCUCGGCGCGGUAAUCCAAUGUCUCGGCUACGCUCUGAUGUGGUGGCAUCCCCCCUUCCCGGUCUUCAUAGGCGCCUUCUUCCUCACCGGCAUGGGCGUCGCGUUCCAAGACGCCCAGGCGAAUGCGUUCACCAUCACAGUCAAGAACGCGCACCGCUGGCUCGGUAUCCUCCAUGCCGUGUAUGGUGGGGGCACGAUCAUCGCGCCGUUGAUCGCGAGUGCGAUCGCGUCGCGGACCCCCGAGUGGCAUCAUUAUUACCUUGUGACGAUGACGCUGGGCAUCGUGAAUGUUGGGUUGUUGGUGUGGACGUUCCGGAAGGGGUUGUUUGCGCCGAAUGUCGCGUCCGCGAAGGAUACGGCUGAUGGGGAGUUGCGGGCUGUGGUGCGCAAUAAGGCGGUUUGGAUUUUGAAUGGGUUUUUCUUUUUGUAUGCCGGUGCGGAGGUGGCGUCUGGGGGUUGGCUGGUGCAGUUCCUCGUGACGGUUCGACAUGGAGAUUUGGAUAAAAUGGGCUACGUUGCCUCGGGCUUUUGGACCGGGUUUACAGUCGGUCGAGUGGUUCUGGCCGACAUCACGCACAAGUUCGGAGAACGACGGAUGGUGUUUAUCUACACCAUACUGGCUCUGGCCAUGCAACUGUUGUUCUGGCUGAUACCCAGUAUCCCGGUGAACGCGGUUACGAUUUGCUUUUUAGGUUUCUUCAUUGGACCGUUCUACCCGGUCGGAUUGUAUGUUCUCACGGAGGUCCUUCCGCAGGAGCUUCAUAUCGGGGCAAUCGGUUUCACCGCCAGCUUGGGCCAAGCCGGGGCUGCUGCGUUCCCGUUCAUGACCGGUGCCAUCGCCUCAAAGGCUGGCGUUCAGGUCUUGCAGCCCAUCAUGGUGGGUUUGCUUAUUGGGAUCGGUUUGCUUUGGGCCGUGGUUCCCAAGAAGAGGUCUGUCUCGCUAGAAUGA